AUGCAGCUUCAUGUUAUUUUAUCAUCUUUGACCCUUGCGUCUCUAGUAUACGCAGCCCCAAAGGCUCACUUCUCCAAGCGAACAUACCCCAAAUUCGAGAACUGGGGUACAGAUGCGGUCUCCAAAGACCACAAAAAAAAGUUGACUGAUGCGCUACCCGAUGCCAUCGACUUGGUUACCCGAGUAUCCGAGGACUAUAACACCUACAAAGACAUCUGGUCCAAGUACUUCCCUGAGUCCGACCAUGAUGAUGUCAAGAAGGUCUAUGCGCAGAUAGUCUCAGACCCAACCAAACCAGAUAAUGGAGAAAACCGACUCGAAAACUGUCAGAUUGUCGGAGAAGAUUUCCAAAAAGGCCAACCUCAAGACUCGUGUGCCGAAGGAGCUGAGGCCUGGACCUCGAACCUUCCUGAUGGCUCGUUCGGUAACCCGCCCGGAACUAGCAUCACCUACUUCUGUGAUCCAGCAUAUACUGGCCCAUUGAAGUACCAAGACAUGCGUUGUGUAAAUAUUGGGAACACGCUAAGUGACAAGUUGGACUUUCUGGGAGCGACGAUAUUACAUGAGUGGACACACAACGACGCUAUUGGCAAGGAAGCCAUUGGGACUCAUAUCGCCGAUAUCGGUGGGGAAAAAGGCUAUGGGCCAUGGGGUACUCGCCAAAUGCUACAAAAUGACCCGAGCUCAUGCAAGCUUAAUGCUGACAGCUAUACCUGGCUAGCAUUGGAGGUCUUCUGGACCAAGCUUUGUCUCAACGGCAAACGGUUCAGUGACCCAGUCAAGCCGGCGACGAUCUCGUGCUUUCACGCGGGCGACCCAAGUGGCCACAUGGGUGUCUGUCCCAAUCUCGGCUCUACGGGCUGGUGCGACUGCGGCAGCGCCGGAAAAUACCCUGUGCUUGAUGGAGAUGAUAUUUGCGGGUAUACAGAGCAACCAGAUGUAGAGGCCAUGGAUAUCUACUCUACCGACUGCGGCCCUACGGAGGCGGGUCCUUCAUCGCCAGAGUGUCAUAACUAUACGGCGCCAGUGGCAGAUGUGCAGAAUAUCAAUUCACAGUUGAACUCCUGGGGGGGAUUCAACUAUAUGCUGUAG